AUGUUUGUGUAUGUCCAGGCCCCAGAAUAUGGCUGGAAUAAUGUACCAGAACCUGGUUGGAAUAACGUACCAGAACCUGGUUGGAAUAACGUACCAGAACCUGGUUGGAAUAAUGUACCAGAACCUGGUUGGAAUAACGCACCAGAACCUGGUUGGAAUAACGUACCAGAACCUGGUUGGAAUAACGUACCAGAACCUGGUUGGAAUAACGUACCAGAACCUGGUUGGAAUAACGUACCAGAAACUGGUUGGAAUAACGCACCAGAACCUGGUUGGAAUAACGUACCAGAACCUGGUUGGAAUAACGUACCAGAACCUGGUUGGAAUAACGUACCAGAACCUGGUUGGAAUAACGUACAAGAGCCUGGUUGGAAUAAGUCCAUUAUAACAUGA